UAUUGUAAGAAUCUUAUUAUCACUGGUGACAAAGCUGCCGCUCAUAUGCUUUCUCUUACAAAACCGAAGAAGAACACAUCCAAAUAUCUUUAGUCUUAGCACAUGAUCCUCACGUGCUCAUAAUAACCCACCUUUUUAUAACACCCUCUGGCUUAGACAAAGUGUUUGCAACACUUGCUUAAACCUUAUCUCAACAUUUUUCUUCACCUUGAAUCAUAUCCAACAAUUAUAAGGAUCGUGUCACGAGAUUGUAUGCAUUUCCCAAAACUAGUUUGUUGUUCUAGUUGGAUCUUCUGUUUCGUCACCACCAAAAUGACAAUACACGUCGUUGAGGUUUCCCGAGUCACCCCCGCUCCUGACUCGGUCCUAAACUCAGCCAACUUACUCGCAAUCCCGUUGACUUUCUUCGAUCUACCAUGGCUAGUGAUCAACCCCGCCAAGCGAGUCUUCUUCUACAGACUCACCGAGUCGACUCGCGAGCAUUUCCGCUCCUCCAUCCUCCCUAAGCUCAAGCUCUCCCUUUCCCUCGUCCUCCGCAACUACCUCCCUCUCUCCGGCCGCCUCAUCUCCCACCCAAACGAGCCCAAACCGAGCAUCGUCGUCUCUCCAAACGACGUCGUUUCGCUAACCAUCGCUGAAACCGACGCAGACUUCUCUCUUCUCUCCAGCUACGGACAACGUCCAGCUUGGGAGUUGCACACUCUCAUACCCGAGCUACCUGUUUCCGAUGACUCAGCAACCGUCUUAUCCCUUCAGAUCACGUUGUUCCCGGGCCAAGGAUUCUCCAUCGGCGUCGCCGCACACCACGCCGUUUUAGACGGAAAAACGUCAACCAUGUUCGUCAAAGCUUGGGCUCACACGUGCAAACGAGAGAACACAGUCGUCGCCCCUCUACCGGAGACUCUAACUCCGUCUCUCGAUCGGUCGCUGAUCAAAGAUACAACCGGACUCGAUGAGCAGAUGCUCAAGAUCGUGAGAUCUCUCAACGACGGCGGCAGAAUCGCCGGGAGCAGAAGAAACCUGAGUUCUAUUCCCGCUUGGGAGCGGGGAGACGACGGCGUCUUCGCCACGCUCGUGCUGUCGCGCGGCGACGUCGAGAAGCUCCGGGAGCGAGUCAAGAACGAGUCGCCAGAUCCGAGUCAGCUUCUUCACCUGUCCACUCUCGUCGUCGCCUACGCUUACGUGUGGACGUGCCUCGUGAAGGCGCGCGGAGGAGACAUGGAGAGGCCCGUGAGUCUCCUAUUCGUCGCGGAUUUCAGAGAGCGGCUCGAUCCGCCGCUUCCGGCGACUUACUUCGGGAACUGCAUGUUUCCGGCGGGUUGCUUCAACAGCAAGACGGCGGGGGAUUUUUCUGGAGAGGGAGGUUUUGUAGCGGCGGUGGAGAUGCUCAGCGGUUUGGUGAAAGGGUUGAGUUCAAGGAAGAUAGAGACUAUAGCGGAAGAAUUCAAGAUUGGUUUUGAUUGCGUGGGUGUGACGUCACAGUUGGGGUCGUUAGCCGGGUCGACCCGGUUGGGUGUAUACGAGUCGGAUUUCGGGUGGGGAAAACCCGUUAAAGUUGAUAUUGUCUCCAUUGAAAGAAACACAAUCUCAAUGGCAGAGAGACGUGACGAAUCAGGUGGCAUCGAACUCGGACUGUGCAUGAAUAAGGCUGAAAUGGACAUUGUCCUUGCUUUGUUCAACAGUGGUUUACAGAACUAAACUCUGUUUUGUCUCCUACAGAAUUUCAAAUAAUGUUAAGUUGCUUCUUGUUUCUUGUGAUA